AUGACAACAGAUAGAAAUGAUAGUUUCCAACAUCUUCUAGACAGUGAAAGUCUAGAAAGCUUUUCAAGCUUAGAUAUUCCAAAUAUUCCAACAGCCAAGCGUGUUAAGUUUUUCCACCGGUAUCCAAGCUCUGAGGAUAAAACCAAUAAUCAAUCAAGCAAUCUCGAGAGUCUUAAAUCUGCCAAUCACUCAGAUACCAUUGAAAAUAUACCACCAACUUCGCAGCCGCCAUCAACAGACCUUAACAAUACCCAGGCUCAGAUAAAGGCAAUCACAACAGAUCCUGCAUUUCGGAAUGAACUCGAAGCUAUUGUUGGCCCCUUGUCUACCCAAAAAGUUUUGGAACUUCGAGAUAGAUCUAGUGGCAACGUUAAUCGUGCUGUGAAUAUUCUUUUUGAUGAACAAUCUAUGUCAACUGCACCGGUACAAGCACAAGCACCAGAACAAGCACCAACACAAGUAAAUGUAAAACCAAAUUGUUCUUCUUCUCUGUCGGUUAGAAGUUCUGAAGACGAACCUAUCACAGCAUCUCAGAACAACUCUUUAAAUGAAGAGCUCGGUACAGCUUCUCAGAAUACUCUGGAGGAUAAUUUACUCCCAGCACUUUCUCAAGAACCUUUAGCUAAGUCGACACCUCUUGUGGGUAAAUCCAGCAAUUUUCACAAUCAAACUAAAAGUCGUUUACAAACACCAGAAGGCCCUGUUUUCGCCACCAAAAAUCAUUCCUCUCAGUACUUCUCUCCCGAUUUAGACUAUACAUGGACAGAACGAUAUAUUGGCAGUCUUCAAGCCGACAUUCUUGUUACAAGAAGCGGUAAAAAUUUGAUUCAAUACCAAGAAAAGCUGAAUGUUAUUUCUGCCUCUUCUUCUUUUUCUGCAAACAAGUCAAGUUCUUUUGUGCGCAUUUCCAACUCUAAAGGCCUUGAAGUUGGCAGGUUUAGCGGCGAUCUUGCUCGCAUUAUUUCUAUCUUGAUAGAUACCGGAACAUGUACCUUUAAAGCAACUUGUAUUUUUGCUGAUUCUAAACUCCGAAUUGGCGACCAAUUUUUCAUUCAACUUGACUGCUAUUUACUACGGCAUGCUUUUAGUGGAACAGAUAUUAUUCAUUCGCAUGAAAUUACCGGUAUUAAUGAUCCGUCUGAUCCCCAGCAGCAAAUUAACCAAUUUCUCACUCAAUCUGACUCUACUUUAAAACUAAUUGGAGGAAACGGUUUUUCCGUUUCCCAGUUGUCACCAAGGAAACGCAUGGCACAACCGAUACCAAAUAACAAGGCUUUUUUUAAUAACUCUCGAGAAUCUCUCGAUGAAUCCAUUUUAAAGACCCGCCAAAAAGCACUCGUUUCUAUUUUCAACAAAAUUUCCUUGAAGCCACUUCAUCGGUCUAAACAAGAAAACACUAGUGCAAAUCCAAUCCAGUUGUCGAACGAGGACCUUUUUGCUCAGCUUGAAAAAGCAUCUGAGAUGGCUGUUAUUACACCUGUUGCUGGAAAGCAAAGAGCACUUGAAGAUGUAGAUAUCGACAAGCAAACUAACAUGGAAGGCACAGAAGAGCCUAACUUUGAUCAAGCGCAAUUGGAUACAGUUUAUAGACGAACUUCGGAAGCCCAAGACAGAAUGCUAGAAGAAGUGGACCCAGGUGACACAUUUGCCAUGAAAUUACGACCAUAUCAAAAGCGUGGUUUAAACUGGAUGUUACGUCGUGAGUCUCCUGAACAAUAUCAUGGUGACAGCGCGGAGCGAGAUGCAGAUGGGGCAAUAAUUGAACCCAUGAACCCUUUAUGGCAAGAGUUUAGCUGGCCUGAUAAUCCUAAUCUUUCUUUAGAAGCUGGGUCUAAACCAUUAGGUCCGCCUACUUUUUACGUUAAUCUCUAUGCUGGAGAUUUAUCUCUCAAGUUUCCACGGCAAAAAAAAAUGGUUCAAGGCGGAAUUCUUGCAGACGAGAUGGGUCUUGGAAAGACAAUUUCUACCAUGGCUGUUAUUCACACCAACAAGUAUUCUGAAGAAACAGAGUAUGACGAAAACUUGCCCAGUUCCCAAGUUCUUCGUGAAAAACGUGAUAAACGUGGUGAUUUCGCCAAGUAUACAACAUUGAUUGUUGCACCAAUGUCAUUGUUGUCUCAGUGGGAAAGCGAAGCUUUAGCAUCUUCAAAAAAUGGAACAACCCGUGUUCUUGUUUACUACGGAAGCGCAGCAACUUCUAUUAAUCUGCGGUCUCUUCUUUGUGGCCCAAAUGCAGAAAAAGAAGCACCAAAUGUCAUUGUUACUAGUUAUGGAACACUUGCUUCGGAACAUACAACUCUGGUACGAUACCGAAAGCGCCAACUAAACCUAAAGGCUUCUGGAAGGACUCUUGACGGAAGCUCUACUAAGAAAACCCUACAUGAGGCUGGGGAUGAUCAAGGCCAUAUUUGGGACGAUAUAGGGACAGAAGACUGGGAGGACGAUGCGGAUCUUGGGCUAUUUGGUCUUUAUGGUGUUGAAUUUUAUCGUGUUGUUUUGGACGAAGGUCACGUAAUCAAGAAUCGCACAACAAAAACAGCCAAGGCAUGUUAUGACAUUCGGAGUCAAAGAAGAUGGGUUUUGACAGGUACUCCCAUUGUUAACAGAUUAGAGGAUUUGUUUAGUCUGAUUAAGUUUUUGGGUGCUGAGCCUUGGAACAACUUUUCGUUCUGGAAAACUUUCAUUACUGUCCCUUUCAUGAAUAAAGAUUUGGAACGUGCAUUGACAGUGGUGCAAAGCGUUAUGGAACCAAUUCUUCUAAGACGUACAAAGCUAAUGAAGGGUUCAGAUGGCAAACCUUUGGUUGAACUACCUUCCAAGGAGGUUCAUAUUGUUACAGUUAAAUUAACCCACGAAGAGCGAAGCAUAUACGACCUUAUUUUUGCCUCAGCUAAGUCCGCGUUUGACAAAAAUGUUAAUAAUGGAACUGUUAUGAAGAGUUAUACCACCAUCCUUGCUCAGAUUUUACGCUUGCGUCAAGCCUGUUGUCAUCCCUCGAUGGUAACUGAAGCUCUGCUUGCUCAACAAAAGUUCCCGGAAAAUAUCAUGAGCAUUAAUAAGAUUGAAGAGCUUGUGGCUGAUUUCAAUAAGACUAAACAGACAAAUGAUCAGGGUGCUAUCAGCUCUUCAGAAACAGAAGAGAAAUUUGAGUAUGAAGUUCUGAGUGCUUUACAGCAAGGAGAUCCUAUCGAAUGUCCAAUUUGUUUGACUGAAAAUAUUCUUCAAGAUGACAUGGCUGUUACUGAAUGUUUCCACAUUUCUUGUAUGGACUGUCUUUUGAAACACAUUGAGUUAUCAAAAAAACUUCAUGGAAACCCGCAGUGCCCUAUAUGCUGCGCACCAAUUUCAGAAGAAAAUCUAUUUACUGUUCAAAGAGAAAUUCCAAUUACUUCUGGGCUUUCUAAAAAUACGGUGGUUGAAGAUGGAAUCAAGCCCAAAAUUCGACUGCAGCCAUAUAAUCCACAUGGCCAGUCGGCAAAAAUACAGUUUUUACUGAGCAAGUUGCGAGAAACCAGAAGACAAAAUCAAAAUGAAAUUUGCGAGCAUGGAAUUAUUUCAUCAGCUAAAAGUGGGAAAAAGAGUUCCAAAAAUGCCAACAUUAUUAAAACUGUGAUUUUUUCUCAAUUUACUGAGUACCUGGACAUUAUUGAGCGCGCUUUAGCAGCUGAAGGAUUUGUGAGUCUUCGAUUUGAUGGCUCUCUUUCACAAGCUGAAAGAGCACGAGUUUUAUCAAGAUUUAAGGGCGAAUCUAAUGAUACAAACGUUCAAUAUGAUAUUCUUCUGAUUUCGCUUAAAGCUGGUGGUGUGGGUUUGAAUUUGGUGUGUGCACAGCAAGUGUUUCUUAUGGACCCAUGGUGGAGUUAUGCUGUUGAAGCUCAAGCUAUAGAUCGUAUUCACCGCAUGGGACAAGAGCAUACAGUCAAUGUGUAUCGAGUUAUUGCUGAGAAUUCAGUAGAAGAAAAGAUUUUGCGAAUUCAACAGCGCAAAAUUGCAUUGGCGAGUUCCAUUGGCAUGACUGAAGAGGAGCGUAAGGCACAACGUAUGGAUGAUAUCAAGUUACUUUUCCAAUAG